CUGUAGGAACCUUCGAAGACGCGGUUGCACCAAAAUUUCCAGCUCUGUGGAUAAAAAGGCGACUCUACUUCUACCCCUCGUUCAUCACAAGACCCCUAUUUCCAAAAUUUAUCGCUCUAAAAAAUCACAUCGUCUUGCAAAAUCUAGAGAGAGAGAUUAUAGUUUUCCUAAUUGGUUUUGUUUGUAUGUAUGAUGCCUUGCUUUAUCCCCUUCAGCAACAACAAUCUGCAAAUCACUUUCUUUGCUUUCAAGCCCCAUGGAGGGUGUGGAGCAGAGUUGGUUGACUCACUCAAACGCUUCUCUUUCUGGUCUGAGGCCCUCGGGUGUGCCUAUGCAGCUGUUUUCAAGAGCAUCCAUGGGAACCUGGUUGUAUGGUAUGGGGCAUGGACAAAAAGGUCUGCAGAUCAAGGAGAAAUAGCUAAUAUUCCUCUGGUACAAGCUUUAUUACGCAGCGCAUCCCAUCAAGCCACGAUUCUCGACACUGGACUCUUCCAAGUUUGUUUCGGAGAAUCCAAAGACGGCAUCCCGGCCUCGAAAUUCUCAUCAGGAGACACAGUAAGUAUUCAUAUGCUGUUCACAGGUUUGGACAACCUUUACAAUCUCACCUAUGGAUGCAUGGCCCUGGCCAAGUCUUAUUUCUCCAACGUAGAGGGUGUCUCCUCAGCCUCUUGUUUAAGCUCUUUGGACAAUCCCAAGGUCUUGUGCUUGCAUGUGUGGAAGUCACUGGACAUGUGUUACUCUUGGCUUCUUGGCCUAGAUGGAGGGACUACUAUGAGACCAUUAAUCAGUCAUCUGGUUAAGGACAUCAAAUAUGAUGUAUUCAAAGUGGUUUAUGUCAUGGGGGAUGAGAUAAUGUGUUUAAACUAUCCUUCUGGCCCCCUGUUGAUUGGUACUGAGAGAGGCAAUUAAGAAGGCUUUUUAGGGUUCGGGGUUCAUCCAAUCUUUGUAUAUUGUUCAUGUGUUGUAUUGCAAAAGCAUUUCUUAUUGAAGUUCAAUAUCAGGUCACUUUAUAGCA